UUUCGAAAAUGGCAGUAAUGCCCUUAAAAUUGUAAUUUUUUAAAAAGAUAAAUAAUGAGUUCGACAAUCGGGAUCGAUCGAUCCAGAUUUACAAGUUACAGUGGAUCGAUCGAUCCCGAUAAUUAUUCAGAACAAAAAAAACGCGAAAUAUAUACUGAUCGACCUGGUCCAUUUCACUCGAUCGGCGAAGGUCGAUUCCGUACAGAUCGACCGAUCCACUAAGAAUAGAUCGAUCGAUCCCGUGCCCAGGAAAGAAUCCCAAAUCGAUUUUUUUGGUUUUGUAUGAUUAUAUCCGGGUUGAUUCCCACUUGAUUUGAACCGACCAAGCAUGAUUUCAACUUUUUAAGCUCGAUUUCUCUGGGACAAAACCCUUAAUUUCCCAUUCACGAACAAAGGGAGAGAAAAUCAAAUUCUCACCCAAAGUUCAUUAACCCUAACUCACUCAAUUCUCUGAUUUGGACGAUUAUUUGGCCUAACUCAUACAAUUUCGUGAGCUUUUUACGAAUCUAUCACUCUUUAGUUCGUUCUGCAAAGGUAUGAAACUCUAUCUCCACUUCUUUUUAGAGUUUGAAAUUAGAAAGGUAAAAGGUAGAUUUUUGAGUUAGUUAAGAUAUUUAGACUUCAAUCAUGUGUUAAGGUGAUGAUUAGAGAAGAUUUUGUACACAAUCAUGGUUUAAAUCAUAUUUUCGGGAUAGAUUUAGGGAUUUUAGGUUUUUGUUAUUAAUAGAUAUAUGUUGUAUUGUUUUCAAAUUUCAGGUAUGGAGUUGGAGUUGCCUAAUCGUUUAUACGGUGAGGGAUUGGAACCUCAGGUUAAGAAGAUUAAUAACAGCUGCCGACUAAAACUUCUCGAGUUGCUAAAAGAAAAAAUGGAACCAGAAUUCGAUGAAGUUAUGAAAGAUCCCAUUUUUUCACAGAUUAUGGUUAUCCAGAAGAAUGAUCUGAAGUUUUCGGCGAGGUUGGUACACUCUUUUUUGUGUAAGGAGUUGAUGACAAGCAAGAGACAUGAGAAGUGGUUCACUUUCGCUAGGAGACCUCUGCGUUUUGGAUUGCAAGAGUAUCAUGCUGUCACUGGUCUGAAAGUGAAGCGAGAGAAUAACAGUGGGCUAGUGACAUGGAAAGACGAUAAUGGUUUUUGGAGCAAGCAGAUAAAGACAAAUGGAAAAAUAAAUUUGCAGAUCAUAAAAAAGAAGCAUUUGGAAGAGAGCAAUACCUGGACUUGGGUUGAUAGGGUGAGACUGAUAUAUCUUUGCGUUAUUAUGGGUGUGGUGAUGGGAAAGGAUGAGAAGGUGAAUAUCCCGCAUCUGUACAUGAAGUUGGCGAUGGAUUUGGAGAAGCUUCGGAAUUAUCCAUGGGGUCUGUAUUCGUUUGAUUUCCUUCUGAAGCAAAUUGAUAAAACAAGGCAUAAAUUAGAGCAGAAAGAGGGGUAUCUGAUGGAAGGAUUCUUGUUUGGUUUCCAAAUUUGGAUAAUGGAAGCUGUUCCUGCUUUAGGAGAGAUUUGUGGCACAAAAGUCAGUAAAGAUUUUACAGGUCCACUGUGUGGUAAUUGGAGAGGAUGUGCAAAAUGUUCUUAUGAAGAUAUCAUUGGCGUUGAGAACUUAUUCCCAGAAAACGGAAUUUUGCAUUCAUUCAUGGAAUCCCACAUAGAUGGAGUGGUCCUUUUGGCAACUGAUUUUGUACAGAAGGAUGAGAAGAAAGAUGAAAGAGUAGAUCGUAUUUUAGAUAUGAUCAAUAGUAAACAUGAUUGGAACAAUCAUGUUUGGGGAGUAAAAGAAGGUACGAACUCUGAAUUUGAGGAAUCUGGCGAAGAGAAAGGAGAGGAUCAAACAGCUGAUACUGAGAGAGGUGAAAAUAGUCAUGUUGCAGGGAAUGUUGAUGGCACAGCUGAUGUUUCGGGAAGAAACAAGAGAAAGCAUGCAGACCGAGGAGCAGAGUCAAGGAAAAAGAAUGUUUUGUGCCACCUAGCUGCUUCAUCAAAAGGAAAUAUUGACACAGAUAUGAAAAAUUUCUUGGAGGAUCUGGUACAAGCUUCUUUUACUGCUUUUGGGGAGAAAUUCUGUCAGCAGUUCUCGGACAGGUUGGGUAAGAUUGAGACUGAGGUUACACAACUCAGGACAGCUUCAGAGAGAACUGAGCAAUUUGAGACCGUUGUAACCGACAGAUUGGGGAAAAUUGAGGCUGAGGUUACACAGCUCAGGACAAGUUUAGUGGUGACUGAAUUGGUGGGAAAGAGUGAUCAAGCAAGCGGUCCUAGCUUGACCAAAAUCAACAGUGGUCCUAGCACCAGCAAAAAAGGAACUGCUCCAACAAAGAAAAAGGCUGUAAAAAACCAAGAGUUAAAGACUGCUGAUUCGUGUGUCAAUUUACCUCGUGCAAAAGUUACUCAAUCAUCAGCUAGUGAUCUUCGUAUGGGUACACAAGAGUUUUUGGAAAGUUGCAUGAAGAACCUUCCAUUAGACACAUUUGUGAAAGGUUUGAAUCCUUCUCAAGCUAAAGUCGAAGAUUCAUUGGAUUGGUUGGAACUUCCUAAAUCAUUGAAGAAGCCAACAGAUUCAUUGGAACUUCAAAAAUCAUUGAAGAAGCCAGCGGUCCGAUUAGAUGACCGAGAUAUAGAGCUAGACGGCGAAAAUUUCCCUGAUCGCUGCUUGGUGUUUGUGCAUCCUACAGAUUUUAAGAAGAUGCAGGACUGGCAAGAUACACGAACAGCUAUACAGAUUGGUCCUUCUAUGUUAGACGGUGAUCUAGCCGGACGUAUUAUGUCUGCCAGCAGUUGGCUUAAAAACUACGAAAUUGAUGCUAUAAUGUAUGUUUUCCGGGAAAGAACAACAUUGAAACGAUGGAACGUAGAUCGUGUUGCUUUCAUGACAUGCGUCUUCAGCGACCUCAUUGCUAAGGAUUACCAGAAUUUCUGUAAGGGAAUUAAAAAAUACACUAUGGAUCCAUUACUACUGCAAUACGGUAAAGGUGAACUGCCUUCCCAUGGAAGAACACAAAUGUUGUGGAAUGUCGAUGUGGAUCGGAUGUACGUUCCUGUCUGGGUCAAUUGCAACCAUUGGAUUGCUUUAUGCAUCAGUUUUGUGACUAGGAAUAUCCAGGUGUUUGACUGCGGGGAACUAUACCAGGUCGAUCAAAAGAUUGUCCGUGUUUUUGUUUGUUUUGCAUAUUGAUCAGGAUCGACCAAUGGAUCGACCGUUCAAUAUACAGAUCGAUCGAUCCACACUUCGUGGACAUCACAGUUUGUUUAAGGGAUUGAUUGAAUCAGAUCUCCUAACCAAGUUAAUACGGCAUGAAGAUUAAACAAAGUCCUCCCAAACUGAAACAAAGUUACUAAUAUUCAAGCAAAUAUAAUCUGAAAAACUGAAACAAAGUUGUCACAAACAGAAACAAAGUUACUAGAAAUCAAGCAAAAGAAGUUUGUUAAAAUUUCACUAAAUUGUGAAGAACACAGCCAACAAAUCCACUAUAUUGGCAUCUUGCAAGUUGCUCUAUUAUGACCACCAAGACCACAUCUACUGCACUUACGAGACUGACCCCCCUGUGAUCCUUGUGAUGAUCGGAUUUUGUCUUCAACAGUUUCAUAUCUGCGUUUUCUAUUUCUUCCAAGAGAUCUUCUUGUCUCAGGCGGUAGCACUUCAGAAUUUUCCACAACUUGUGGGACAGACCAACCAUCUUCAGGAACUGAAAUGGGAUUUAUGCUUUCUUGAUAAGCUUCUCUCCAAGCUCCCGUGGUAUACAAAAAAUCAGUCAAUGUAUAUGGUUCUCUACCAACAAAGAAACCAGCUUUUAUUGCGUGUCUACAAGGGAUUUUCGAGAGGUCGUACUUCCCACAAGAACAAGUCCGUUUGUCCAAAUCAACAAAGCAGUCAAUUGUAUCGCCUUUAACAAGCAGCUGGCUAUCGGUUACAGGGUAAACUGCGAAAGUUUUCCCCUUUCCAAUUCUCCUAUCAAUCUUUUCCUCCACAUCUAUGGUCAAACGGUGGGUGUGCUUUGAAAUCAACUUCUUACGCUUAAAAAACCAACGUGUCAGCAUUUCUCUAAUACUGUCCAACAAAGGAAUUACGGGAAACUCUCUCGGCGAACGCAACGCAGAAUUUAUCGACUCUGCAGGAUUGUUUGUCCUAAUGUCAUACCUGUAUCCAUGAAAUUGACAUCUAGCCCACUUUCUGACAUCUGCUUCCAUAAGAUACGUUCCAAUUGCUGGACUGAUAUUGCAAACAUGAGCAAACGUCUUCUUGAAAUCAACCACUCUA